UUGGGUCUCUGGUUUCCAACCCCCCUCCAUCCCGCUUCUCGCUCCGGUUCCCAUUUCCACCCCUGCUCGCUGUCCUCCUCCGCUCACCCCUCCUCUCCUCCUCCACCGCCGCCUCCUCCUCCUCUGCCACUUUCUCUCUCUCUCUCUCUCUCUCUCUCCCAGGACGCGUCGGAUGAUCCGGGGCCGCCGGGGAAGGGCUCCGGGCAGCAGCGGGGAGGCUGCGUCCCUCCUAGUCUCCGGCUGUAAAAAGCCGGCUGGCCUCGGUUGUUGUAUUAAAAUGAGGAGGAGGAAGAAGAAGCCGCCGCCGGGCCGGCGGCGGCAGCAGCAGAAAGCGCUGGAGGAGAGGAGGCUCUGAGCAGGGGACGGCGGCGGCAGCAGCAGGAGAAGGAGGAGGAGUGAUGAGUCAACUAAUAAUUUAAUGGGGACAGAAACACGGAGGGGGGGGAGAGCAAAGCGAAGCAGCUCCGUCCGGGGAGACAGACGCGCACACACACAAACAUAUCCAUGUAACAUCCAGCCACCAAACCGGCCUAAAUAAAUAGCCAGCCAGGGGGAAACAAGCAUCAAAGCCAGGAUUUUUUUUAUUCUUUGCAACCUUUUGUUUUUCCAAUUUUUUCUUUGCCAUUUGCAGUAACUCUCCGUGGAGUUGUCUGGGUUUUUUUAUCACUCUUUUGUUCAUUUUUUAUUUUGAAAUAAUCAUACACACCUCUUGGUGGACUCGGUGGGAGUGAAAUCUCUUUACUUUUGGUGGUGGUGGUGGUGGUGUCUUGUUGUGAGUGUGUUUCCUUCCUCCUCCUCCUCUUUCUCUUUCUCUCACAACAGCCCCGGGUAAAUGAGAAGAGACAGAUCCUCUCUAUUUUGUUGUGCGUUUUCUUUUAACGGACCGGGAAGGCGAAAUUAAAAGUGGCAUUUUGGUGCCUUUUCUUGCUGUUUUCUCUACACUACCCCUACCCCCACUACAGAUUCAUGCAGAAAGUUUCGGGGCUGUUAGUGGUUUUGGGGGAGAGGAGCAGAUUGGUUUUUGUGUGCGCGCUGUUCUUGUGUAUGCUUGUUGGAGAAUAAUAGUGUAAGUGACAGCCUAGAAGUAGACUUUCUCCUCUUCACCCUGGAUAGAAAAGCUUUCUCUGCCCCGUCCCUCCAGCCCCCCCACUUGCUCUUGUCUGCAUUGAUGAUAUUUUUGAAAGAAUAGCUAAAGUCAUCCCCUCCAUUUAAAUCUACUACUUUCAUUUUUUUAAAUUUAUUUUUAGCAUUACACUUAUCUGUUCAAUUUUGAGCUUCACUUCCUCCUUCCCUUUCCAAACCUUGAAAACGGCUAUCCUAAAAGAGAUUUAAUAUUUUUGUCCAUUGCCGUUUUGCUCAUGGCUACUCUGUUUCUCGUCAUUUAUUUUUGCCCCUCCCCUGCAUAGAGGAAAAUAAAAAAAUAAAAAGGGGGGGGGGAAAUAAUAGAAUUUCGGGGGAAGUAGCAUUCAAGACUGCUGGCUUUUUAGGGGAGGAGAAGGGGGUGUAUGGUGUGUGUGUGUGUGUGUUUUUGUUUGUUUUUUUUAAGGAUCUAGCCAACAUCAGUCUUGAACUUCUUCCUCUUCAAGAGCUCUGGCUGCAAAGGAAACCUCCUUUGUUUUUGUUAUUUAUAUGCUGUCAAGUUUUGAAGUGGUGAGUUUCGGGUCUGUUUUGCUAAUUUCACUCAGAAAACUGCAGUGUUUCUAUUUCUAGAUAGUACUUUGCUUCUUUGUCUCUUUAAAAGGUCACAGUGAAAGCUUGGCCUGGACUCUGACAGCCAUAUGGAAUGGAUAAGAGCAGAGCCUGUUUUAAAUGUGAUUAUGGGGUUUUAUUGGGGAGAGAAAAAGGAGGGCAGAUGAAAAAGGGAGGGGGCUAAUUCAUGAGAAGUUAAAGAAAUAAAAUAAUACAGAUUCCCCUUAUUUCAGGAAUAGGGACUAUUACAAUGAAUUCAUUCAGAAAUUAGUUGAUGUGUGUGAUCUUUUUGAAACUGUAUGUUGAAAUUGUGACCUUAUAUAACAUCUAGGAUGAAAACCUGUAGCUAGGGUAAAAGAGGUCUAAAUAUGAAACCUGAAUAAACUCUCUGCCUGCCAUCUGUAGAGAUAAUAGUUAUUCCAUAGUGCUGUUAUUCUGGACAGGCCGUGCUGAUUGUUGCUCAUCGCUAUUCCAAACUGAGGUUUCAGUGAACUUUAGCCUUGGGCAUGGAGAUGAAAUGAGUAAAUUAGGUGUUUUAUGUGCAUGUAAUUUUGCUUUGUAAUGUAAAGCUUUUUACAAGAUGACUAAGUGGUUAAAGGAUGCCUAUGGGUGGGUAUUCUAAGGCCAAAUUAGAAUGACAUAUUUGGUGUUUUGGUAGCAGUCAAUACGCUAACUAAAUUCUGAUCUAUUAUUUUUAUUCAUUGUAUAUGAUAUACUAUUCUGUUCAUGAUGACUGGAUACUUUUUGUAGCAAGAAACUUGGAGUUGUAUUGUACUUUUUAAGUUGCCAGAAGUGACAUGGAUUUUCUUGUGUAAGGCUUUUUUUUUUUUUUUUUUUAAGUGAAUCCUCUUAUUCUCAGGAAAGACUAGUUUCAGAAUAGUUUUAUAAUAAAGCAGCAUUGUAAGGAUACAUUGGUAGAUGUCAAUGAUUUGAGUCUGCUAUCUUUGGUUAGACUGUAGUUAAUGUAAUGAUAGAGUAAUCUUGAUUUAAAAAAAAAAGGCGGUUAAAAUAGGCACAUUUAUUGUUUAAUGAGACUCAUAACCAAAAACAGAUGGGACCAUGAUCAGGUAAACCUUUGGUUCUCAGCAUGUCACUCUACAGCUUAAGGAUAAAUAACCAUUAUUUUCUAAACUUUACAGUUAUUCAGUCGGCAUUCUUAAGGUUGCUAGUAAACAUCCAGAUUAACACAGAUUCUUUUCUUGGCUAUGUAGGACAAAGCAGCCUGUGUUCAAACAGGAUAGAAUUGUUUACAGAAUUAUCAUUGGAAUAUAUGGUGUCUCCCAAGAAAUCCAGACCUGAAUAGCUUUGCAAUGAAAAAUGUACAAAAUAUGUUGAAUUACUAGGCAACUGAAAGAAAGUAGCAAUUAUCAGAUUCAUGCAAGUCUUUCUAAAUAUGAUUCCCCUAGUAUUAGUGUUUGUACUCAGUAAUGUAAAUACUAGUUCAUAAAAUGAAUGUCUAGUCACCUGUUCUUUGUGAUUAUAUUCUAUAUAUAAUUUAAUUGACUGUGUGACCAUACCUUUCUCUGUCAGAAAAAGGUAGAAGACCCUAAUAUAACUAGGAUAGUAAUCCAGAAUAAAAUCACUACCAGAUAAGUAUAUAUUUUCAGUAACUGACUUUUUUAUAGUUGAUAAAAUAGGUUUCGGGGUGUGAGUGUGUGUGUAUAUCUAUCCAUAUAACUAAAAUCACAAACUUACUCAAUGUUUUAGUCUAGGAAUUUUAAUGAUCCAGUCAUUUAACUGGAAUGUGUUUUGUUUUAAGAAACAAGUUUUUAGAAAGGAAAUACAACUUGCUAAAAUACCCAUUUUCUUAAUUUGAUAUUGUUGAAAUUACUUCCAUUUUUUUUUGAUUUCAGGUACUUGUGUUGGAGGGUUUCUGAAGUUCCACAGGAAUUGUGGUUUUUCAGCAUGAGACCCUUGUGAUAUUAGAGAGAUGUUUCCACCUUCUUUCAGUUUGUUUUGACUUUUAAAAGAUUCCAUAUUUGACCCAACAUUUAAAACUGGAUUACAUCUUAAAAUAUUCCUCUACAUAUUUUAAGUUUUCAAAAGUUGAUAAUUCGUAAUGUAAAAUAGCUUGGAAGAAUGCAAAAACAAACAAAACCCCACCUGAUCAAAAAUUACAAGGCAAUUGAAGUUGUUCAUAUUUCUAGGAAAAAGAUGUAAAUGCACAAUAUUUCAUGUUGCUAAUAAAUCUGUUGCAUGGUUACUUAAAGUUUCAGUCUUCUCUUCAUUGUUGUACUUGCAUUUAUUUCCUAGCAGAGAGAAAGCACUUUUAUAGUGUUGGUUUCAUUUUUUUUCUUUUUUUAAUUUUGUUUUUAAUAAAAGCAUUCAUGAUUUACAGCAAACGGUUGUGAGAUUUGUAACAAUGAAUAGAUUGGAGUAUGUAAUUUAGUAAUCUCCUUCACCUAUUUAAUUCUCAUUCUUAAGAAUUCAAGAAGGAAUAUGACUACCUAGGCUGCACAUAGUUGUUUUAGUGUUCUGUAGAUGGCAUUAAAUAUGUUUUCACCAAAUCAUUCAAUCUUUGGAGAAUGGGAACAUUUUUCUGAGGAUAAAUAUAUAAUCUUAUUUUAAAAUAUUCAUUUACUUCUUAAUUGCGAGCUUACAGUACAUAUCUAUCUCUGUAAGUGUGUUAACUGUCUACAUACACAUACGCACACGUGUGCAACAUAUAUAUAUUUUUUAAAUCGUGGCAGGUGAUCUUUAGAGGCGGGACUGAGUAUGGAUCAUUUGAACGAGGCAACUCAGGGGAAAGACCAUUCAGAAAUGUCUAACAAUGUAAGCGAUCCGAAGGGUCCGCCAGCCAAAAUUGCGCGCUUGGAACAGAAUGGGAGCCCAUUAGGAAGAGGAAGACUUGGAAGUACAGGAACUAAAAUGCAAGGAGUGCCUUUAAAACACUCUGGACACCUGAUGAAAACAAAUAUUAGAAAAGGAACUAUGCUUCCAGUGUUUUGUGUAGUGGAACAUUAUGAAAAUUCCAUUGAGUAUGACUGUAAGGAGGAGCAUGCAGAAUUUGUGUUGGUAAGGAAGGACAUGCUAUUCAACCAACUGAUUGAAAUGGCAUUGCUAUCACUUGGAUAUUCUCAUAGCUCUGCUGCCCAAGCAAAAGGGCUAAUCCAGGUUGGGAAGUGGAAUCCAGUUCCACUCUCCUAUGUGACAGAUGCCCCUGAUGCUACAGUAGCAGACAUGCUGCAAGAUGUGUAUCAUGUGGUCACACUGAAAAUCCAGUUACACAGUUGCCCUAAACUAGAAGACUUGCCUCCUGAACAGUGGUCUCACACAACAGUAAGAAAUGCUCUCAAGGACUUACUGAAGGAUAUGAACCAGAGUUCAUUGGCCAAGGAAUGUCCCCUUUCACAGAGUAUGAUUUCUUCCAUUGUGAACAGCACUUACUAUGCAAAUGUCUCAGCAGCAAAAUGUCAGGAAUUUGGAAGGUGGUAUAAACAUUUCAAGAAGGCAAAAGAUAUGAUGGUUGAAAUGGAUAGUCUUUCUGAACUAUCCCAACAAGGUGCCAACCAUGUCAACUUUGGUCAGCAACCAGUCCCAGGGAACACAGCUGAACAGCCUCCAUCUCCUGUUCAGCUUUCUCAUAGUAGUCAGCCAUCUGUUCGGACCCCACUUCCAAACCUGCACCCUGGACUUGUAUCAACUCCUAUUAGCCCUCAGUUGGUAAAUCAGCAGCUGGUAAUGGCCCAGUUGCUGAACCAGCAGUAUGCAGUGAACAGACUUCUAGCCCAGCAGUCCUUAAACCAACAGUACUUGAACCACCCUCCUCCCGUCAGUAGAUCCAUGAACAAGCCGUUGGAGCCACAGGUCUCAACCAACACAGAGGUGUCUUCCGAAAUCUACCAGUGGGUGCGUGAUGAAUUGAAACGAGCAGGAAUUUCACAGGCAGUAUUUGCACGUGUGGCUUUUAACAGAACUCAGGGCUUGCUCUCAGAAAUCCUCCGAAAGGAAGAGGACCCCAAGACCGCCUCACAGUCUUUACUGGUAAACCUUCGGGCUAUGCAGAAUUUCUUGCAGCUGCCAGAAGCCGAACGAGAUCGAAUUUACCAGGACGAAAGGGAAAGGAGCUUGAAUGCAGCCUCUGCUAUGGGCCCAGCACCUCUAAUAAGCACACCGCCUAGCCGUCCUCCACAAGUAAAAACAGCUACUGUUGCAACGGAGAGGAAUGGAAAACCAGAAAAUAAUACCAUGAACAUUAAUGCUUCCAUUUAUGAUGAGAUUCAGCAGGAAAUGAAGAGAGCUAAAGUGUCUCAAGCACUAUUUGCAAAGGUUGCAGCAACCAAAAGCCAGGGGUGGCUUUGUGAACUGUUACGUUGGAAGGAAGAUCCCUCACCAGAAAACAGGACCCUUUGGGAGAAUCUUUCAAUGAUCCGAAGGUUCCUCAGUCUUCCUCAGCCUGAACGAGAUGCCAUUUAUGAACAAGAAAGCAAUGCAGUUCAUCACCAUGGUGACAGACCUUCCCACAUUAUCCAUGUUCCAGCAGAGCAGAUUCAGAGCCCCUCUCCCACCACCCUUGUGAAAGGAGAGCAUAGAGGCGCUUUCUUACCAGGCCUGCUGACCACUGGACCUUGGCUGGGUGCUGCUCCUCAGCAGCAGCAGCAGCAGCAACAGCAACAGCAACCAGGUCCCAGACUACCGCCAAGGCAACCAACAGUGGCAUCACCAGCUGAAUCUGAGGAUGAAAAUCGUCAGAAACCGCGACCACGAACAAAGAUUUCUGUUGAAGCCCUGGGAAUUCUACAGAGUUUCAUACAAGAUGUAGGCCUAUAUCCAGAUGAAGAAGCAAUCCAGACUCUCUCGGCUCAGCUUGACCUACCCAAGUACACCAUUAUCAAGUUCUUUCAGAACCAGCGAUAUUAUCUCAAGCACCAUGGGAAGCUGAAGGACAAUUCUGGGUUGGAAGUGGAUGUUGCAGAAUACAAGGAGGAAGAAUUGCUUAAGGAUUUAGAAGACAGCAUCCAAGACAAAAAUGCAAACACACUUUUUUCAGUGAAACUAGAAGAAGAAUUAUCAGUAGAAGGGAACACAGAGAUUAAUACUGAAUUGAAAGACUGAUCUAAAAAGUAUUAUUUUCAUUCAACAGUGCCACUGGUAUUUAAUAAUGAAACGAAAAUUCCAUCUUGCAUUGUGUCAGAAACCUCUCUCAUUCAUUGUCUGGUCAAUGAAUCUUCCAAAACUUGCACAAAAGUUGAAAAAAAGGAUAAUGCAGACUGCACUAGAUGUUUUACUCUGUUUUACAAACUGCUUUGCAGCUACAGAUGAAGCGUUGAGGAUUGUUUGAUAUUAAUUUGUGUUCACUGGCUACACUGUGGUGUAUCCAAUAAGCAUGAUACCAGUGAUUUUGAUUCUGGAGCCUUCAGACAAGCAUUACAACUUUUGUGAUUUGUUUCUCAAUUUUUUUUUUAAUUAUUACUGUAACACUCCACACUUGGUCUUUGGAAACUCACGUUUAUUUAAAAAAAGAAAAGAGUUUUGUUACUCUUGCUCUAUUGUAUGUUACAAAAGAACUAUAGACUGUGGAAUGCAGUUUAAAGAUAACAUAUGCCAACAAAUGCCUUGUAUUAUAUGGCACUGCCGUAAUUCAGAUUUGUUUUUGUUUUGGAAAUAAAGGUCACUGUAUUUUUUUUCCAUUCUCAUUGUUACAUGAUUUUAAA